UGGCCCGGUACGAGGCCGCCCUCAGGCCGGCGGGGAGGCGGGGAGGCGGUCACCGGCUCCGCCCCGCUCCCCUCUGACCCGGUGUCUCGUUUCUCCGUCUUCCUGUUCCAAACCACGUGGACGCGCGGGGGGCUGCGGGGCUGCAGGAGGGAACCCCGGUCGCUACUGCCGCUGUCGCCGCCGCCACCGGGGUUGCGAUCCCGCGCCUGUCUGAAGUAGCCGCACCCCGGCCGCCCACGCCUUGCGCAGAGCGCGCACAUGGCGACUUCGGCGCACUCGCUCAGCUACGCGGGCUGCAACUUCUUGCGCCAGCGUCUGAUUCUGUCGACUCUGAGCGGUCGCCCGGUCAAAAUCCGAAAGAUCCGGGCCAGAGACGACAACCCGGGCCUCCGAGAUUUUGAAGCCAGCUUCAUAAGGCUGUUGGACAAAAUAACAAACGGUUCUCGAAUUGAAAUAAACCAAACAGGAACGACUUUAUAUUACCAACCUGGCCUCCUGUAUGGUGGAUCCGUGGAGCAUGACUGCAGUGUCCUUCGCGGCAUUGGCUAUUACCUGGAGAGUCUCCUUUGCCUGGCUCCAUUUAUGAAGCACCCUUUAAGAAUAGUUCUGCGAGGAGUGACCAAUGACCAGGUUGACCCUUCGGUUGAUGUUCUUAGGACAACAGCUCUCCCUCUUUUGAAACAAUUUGGAAUUGAUGGUGAAUCACUUGAGCUAAAGGUUGUUCGACGGGGAAUGCCUCCUGGAGGAGGAGGUGAAGUGUUUUUCUCAUGUCCCAUAAGGAAGGUCCUGAAGCCAAUUCAGCUUACUGAUCCGGGAAAAAUCAAACGAAUCAGAGGAAUGGCGUACUCCGUCCGUGUGUCACCUCAGAUGGCCAACCGGGUUGUGGAUUCUGCAAGGAGCAUUCUCAACAAGUUUAUACCCGACAUCUACAUUUACACCGACCACAUGAAAGGAAUCAACUCUGGGAAGUCUCCAGGCUUCGGUUUGUCGCUGGUUGCCGAGACCACCAAUGGCACCUUCCUCAGUGCUGAACUGGCUUCCAACCCCCAGGGCCAGGGAGCAGCGGUGCUUCCAGAGGACCUGGGCAGGAACUGUGCCAAGCUGCUGCUUGAAGAGAUCUAUAGGGGUGGAUGUGUCGACUCAACCAACCAAAGCCUGGCUCUAUUGUUCAUGACCCUUGGACAACAGGACGUUUCCAAAGUCCUUCUAGGACCGCUCUCUCCCUACACGAUAGAAUUUUUGCGGCAUUUGAAGAGCUUUUUCCAGAUUAUGUUUAAAAUCGAAACCAAGCCGUGUGGUGAAGAACGUAAGGGUGGGGAUAAGAUACUGAUGACCUGUGUUGGCAUUGGCUUCUCCAACCUUAGCAAGACCCUCAAGUGAUACUGUCACAGGAUAAGAGGCCUCAACGCCUGCAGACCAAGCAGAAGCUGCCAAGGACCCAAAGGGACCAAGUCCAAAUUCCUCCAGGACAGGAUCACCUGAUAUUAAGGCCUUUCUUCGUUUUCUAUUUAAAAGUAAUCAGCACAUGCAAAUAAAAGACUUCCUUAUAC